AUACGAUUUUGGCAUUGGAAACAUUUCAUAUGCAAAUGGCAAUAUAUAAGGAAACGAGAAGCGUCUUUGUUCGUAUUUGCGACUAAGAUAUCGAUCGAUUAAUACGUGCCAUUCAAAUAAGCCGGAACGUUAACAAAAUCUAAAAAAAUGACACGAUUAAUCAUAUUAUUAUGCGUUGUUGCGUAUGUUGCAGCUGAUGUCAAACAUCUGACAGAUAAUAAUGUCGACUUGUUCAAAUACAACCCCAGUGAUGUGUACACCCUUCCGGAAGAUAUUGACGACGAUAAACCAGCAGUCGUGUACAGUGGCGACGUAAUGAAAGCUAAAGUAGAUAAAUUGCAAAAUCUCAGCGGAAACAAGAAAUUCAAAUUAGAAUUGAAAACACAAAACGGUAUCGAGGUAGCCAGUGUUGGCAAAUUGAAGGAUGACAAGACAUUCGUUGUAAGUGGUUCGUACUCCUUUACCGGUGCGGACGGUAAACGCUACAAAACAAGAUACACAGCUGAUGAAUUCGGCUAUCACCCCAUCACAGAACUUGACUUGGAUAUUCCAGAACCUCAGCCUCUUGAUAAGAACGCAGGAAGUCUUAACAACAAAUUUGGCUUGGACAACAAGAGAAACCGAUUCCAAUUCCUAAAUAAUGAAUUGCAACCUGAGCCAUCGAGAGGUAGUGGCCAAAGUGGAGAUGACUACAGCUAUGGAGAAGGUUACGACUACCAGCCACCAAGUCAGCCCUUGAUAUCGGAUCCAUCCCGGCUAUACCUUCCAGUGCAAUAAAGAAACCCCAUUCACUUUAGUCUCUAAGUCAUCCCCCAUAUUACCUUUAGAGAAUGAUUUGCUAUUUAACAGCAAAUCAAAAAGGCUUCUUACACCCCAAAAAAAAAAUAUUCAAAACACAUAUGUACACAUUACAAAACAUAUUUUAAGAAUAUCAAAUAAAAAUUACAAACAUAUUUAAUUUAAAGUGAUAUUAGAAAUAAAAUCAAAAUUGGAUUAAUA